AAACAAAUAGUGAUGAUGUGGUGUAAUGGUGGUAUUACCUCGGCCCUUGAAAACGAGAGAGGGAAAAAAGUGUAUCGUGGCAGUGCAUUCAAUUCAUGAAUAGACAAAAGACGCGUGUCUUGUCGUUUCCUCCCCCUCUACCUCAACUAGUGCUCCACUACACCACUACUCUCCCUCUCUCUCUCUCCUCUUUCUCUCUCUUACUAAACCAUUUCCUAUUUCAUUUUCUCCUCUCUUCUCAUAUACACCCAAAUUAUCUCUUUCUCUCUCUCUCUCUCUCUCUCUCUCCCGAAUCCCCACCCUUUUCUCAAUCCUUUCUUGCAGGUGAGGCACCCUUUUGCCUCUCUCCCGGAGUUCUUUUUCAGAUUCAUCAAUCAGUCAGUUUCGGAUUUGGCAAGAACAAAAGGAAUAAUACAACUAUGGCGGAAUCCUCUUCGGUGUCGAAUAAUCCAGACGGGAAUUCCGACCUAUCGCGCAAGCGUAGAACAAUUGAGCCGGAACACCCAGCCGGCGCCGGAGGAGCUCCCACAGAAGCCGGCGGGCCGCCGAAAUGGCGAACUGAAGUCGAGCAACAGAUCUAUUCGUCGAAGCUCGUCGACGCCCUUCGCCACCUCCGCCGCCCUGAAUCCGCCCAGGCCACCAGCAGCGCCGUCCGCGACGCCGCCGACCGGGUGCUCGCCUCCUCCGCCCGCGGCAAAACACGCUGGAGCAGAGCCAUCCUCACGCGCCGCCUCAGCCUCCGCCUCGCCCACAUCAACAAGAAGCACAAAAGGGCGGCUAAACCGGCCGCCGCCGAUUGCCGGAGAAAUAAACCGGCCGGUCGCAACGAGCUGCCGCCGUUGCGGAGGAAAGUGAAGGCCUUGAGCCGAUUGGUUCCCGGCUGCCGGAAGCUGAAGCUGCCGAACCUUCUAGAAGAAACAACUGAUUAUAUUGCGGCUAUGGAAAUGCAAGUCAAAGCUUUGACUUUCAUCACGGCUCUACUAAAUGGCGGCGGUACGGUUACAGCCGCCGCCGCUGCCGCAGCCGGCAGCUCGUGAGUCAAUUUUAGUUCUUAGGUGGUUCUUUCUUUUUUCUUUUUUUCUUUUUUUUUAUUUGCUUUCAAAAUUAUUUUUGGGAAUGAAUUAUAGUAAUAGUAAUUAAGGUUUAUGUUAGAAUUAAUUAGAAGGUUUAAAAUAUUCGUGUAUUUUAUAAUGUGUAUAAAUUUGCCUGCGUUUUAAUUAUUUCUUUUUCUCGAA